AGUUGAGUUUGGCAUGAGGCAGUCUUGUGUCGCAUUGACUUUAAGCGGUUAUUAUGUUGAUCUCCCGUAGUGGAUUCGCAGUGAAUUUGUGUUUUUAACAUAAUUGUGACUGAAAAUGCUAAAGAAUUGUAAUGAUUAAAGUCUUAUUGUAACAGUGAAGUGCAGUUUAGUGAUUCUAAGUGACCGUUUUUGUGUUAAACUUGACGGGCGUUAUUCUGUGCUAUUAUUUAAAGAAUAGCCGGCUUACUUAUCUUGUUGUGGAAAUGCAGUUGGUGUUUUCUGGAUGCCAGCGAUGUAGCGGCGCAAUCACAAACUGCGAAAACGUGAAAAGUGCUCGAUAUUGAGUUCCAAACUCGUCCCAACACUGACAACUCGCUCGUGAAACAGUUGCGUUAAUUCGCUAUUCAAAAAUGUGGCAAUGUGAUUGGUUUACGCGAUCGGCGAGCUCUUGAUUAGUGAUGUGCCGUGUCGAUAGUGGUUAUCGUUAGUGAGAUGGCGACUAUGGAUUUGACGAACGAGGUGGUCCGCUUAAGGGCCGAGCUCGAGAAGGUCUCGACUGAAAGGGAUAUGCUUCUAUGCGAGGUGUCGAACCUGCGGAGGGAGCUCGAGCUUAGCGAGUUGAAGAACCUCCAGGAUGACAGCUUCUCUCAGAAAGUGGACGAGGAGGAAGGCAGCGGCAGCGUGGCUCUCCAUCCGCCGGACGGGUUCUACUCCCACCAGCACUCCAUCCACAGCGGGCACCAUGGCCACCAUGCGGAGCCCGACCGGGGCUACAUGGAGGGCAACAGAUACGUCACUGCUGUGCACAGGCCCAUGCCUGCCUUAAACCAUUCGAACUCGUCAUGCUCGUCCGCGUCGAACGCUUCGACCGGCGCCGGGCUGUGCGCGGGCGCCGCCGAGCCAGCGCCGCCUCUGUACAUCGCCGCGCCCCCCGAGGGCUUCGGCCACGCCGUCCACAACAGGCGUGGCACAGACGUGUCCAUCAUUGGAACUACAGGGAUAACGCAAAAAGAUUCAAGUUUAUCCCAAAAAAGGGGUAAAUUGACCAGAGGUCGUUAUGAAAUGUCACAAGACCUGCUCGACAAGCAAGUUGAAAUAUUAGAGAGAAGAUACGGCGGUCUCCGCGCCCGGCGCGCGGCUGUGACCAUUCAGAGAGCCUUUAGGAGACGACAGCUCUUGAAGAAGUUCAGUGCCAUCACGGCGAUGGCGAAGGCUGCUGAUUCCACGGCCAGGAGAAUGCAAGACGGGCCGGAUCAUGGUCAACUAGUCAAUGGAAACGACAUAUACGCAAACGCGCUGAUACAGAAGAGCCCGGGCGGCGCCGAGAAAGGGUUAGCCCUCACCAGGCCCAUGCGUUCCAUGUCGCUGCGAGAACGCCACGACAUCGAUAUGAGCAAUCACCUGCAAUGCGAAAGCCAGGACGACGUUGAUGCGAUGGUGGCCAGAGUACAGCAGUCCGCGCACCAGAUACACAUGCUGGCGACAGACAUGCCGCCGCAUCAUAGGGGCGACACCGACAGCGGGGUGUGCAGUUGCUCCGUGAGCGGGUCGGUGACGAACAUAUCGACGUCCUCCUCGCACAAUGAAUCUCUACACAACCACCAGUUGUUAAACAAUACAGGUCCCAUUUACGGCAACCUUCUGUCUUCGGGCGGCAAACCGCUGUCCUCGCCGACGGCAAGACAGCAGCAACAACUAGCGGCCAUACAAGCAGCAAACGCACGUCGAUUUCCACCUGACGUACCUAAACGCACUAGCAGCAUCACACUCAACGCCGAAAGCCCAGUUUCCCUCCGGCGCGCCGAAUGCGGCGCCAACGUCGUCCGCGGCGGCUCCAUGUCGUCGGUGCAAUCAUCAUCAUCGUCCUCCUCUCAGGAGCAUCGACACCACUACCAUCAGCCGUACCAGCCUAGGGCUCCUGAGCCGCACGUGCACAUCCAAGAGCAACAUUUCCAGCAGCACCAGCGCACCGCAUCAGGCACUCUGUACGAACCGGUGAACAGCUACGGAGUAUGGAAGCGGCAGGACGCGCCGCCAUACUACGAAGCACCACAGCAGUGCUGCCGCCCUGUGCACGACACACAGAUCAAGGUUUCAGAAACGGUCCGCAAACGCCAAUACCGCGUGGGCCUCAACCUCUUCAACAAGAAACCCGAGCGAGGCAUCGCUUACCUCAUCUCCCGCGGAUUUUUGGAAAAUUCCCCGCGCGGCGUCGCAAGAUUCCUCAUUACUAGGAAAGGCUUGAGCAAGCAGAUGAUCGGGGAGUAUCUCGGGAAUCUGCAGAACCAGUUCAACAUGGCUGUGCUAGAAUGUUUCGUGAACGAGCUAGAUCUCUCCGGCAUGGCUGUAGACGUGGCCCUGCGCCGCUACCAGGCACAUUUCCGGCUGCCCGGCGAGGCGCAGAAGAUUGAAAGGCUGGUCGAGGCAUUUGCGAGACGCUACUGCGUCUGCAAUACCGACUUUGUACAGCGGCUACGGACGCAGGAUACGAUCUUCGUGCUAGCCUUCGCAAUCAUCAUGCUGAACACCGACCUGCACACCCCCAACCUGAAGCCAGAAGCGCGAAUGUCACUCGACGACUUCGUUCGGAACCUACGAGGCAUCGACGACUGCGGUGACAUCGACCGUGAUAUGCUAGCUGGGAUAUACGAGAGAGUGAAGUCUAGUGAAUUCAGACCUGGCAGCGAUCAUGUCACGCAGGUGAUGAAGGUGCAGGCCACCAUCGUUGGCAAGAAACCGCAUUUGGCGUUGCCGCACCGCCGGCUCGUGUGCUACUGCCGGCUGUACGAGAUACCGGACAUUCAUAAGAAGGAGCGUCCGGGCGUGCACCAAAGAGAGGUGUUCCUCUUCAACGACCUACUGGUGAUAACUAAGAUCUUCAGCAAGAAGAAAUCCUCGGUGACGUACACCUUCCGCCAAUCCUUCCCUCUGUGCGGCAUGAACGUCAAUCUCUUCUCCGUGCCACACUACCCGUUCGGCAUCCGUCUCUCCCGGCGCGUGGACGGGCGGCGCCUGGCCACGUUCAACGCGCGCAACGAGCACGACCGCUGCAAGUUCGCCGAGGACCUGCGCGAGAGUGUGGCUGAGAUGGACGAUAUGGAGAACAUGCGGAUUGAAGGAGAGCUGAAUCGCGGGAAGGGGAGGCAAGGGAAUAAUAAUAGACAAGUUAUGGAAAACAGAGACAGCGGCGUAGCUGACGUCGAAAUUGAUCAUCAACAAUGCAUGGACCACGUCCAUGUGCACGGCGUGGUGGUCCCGCCGCCGCCGUCGUGCCCGGCGCCGGCGGCCCCGGCGCGCGGCGCGCACCCGCCGCCCACCAGCAUCAUCAAGCGCAACGUGCUGUCCAACUCGCUCGUCGACAUCAACGACCCAGUGGCAAUGGCAGCAGAACGCCUGCAACGACGCGGCUCCGUGGGUUCCCUAGAUUCAGGCAUGUCGGUGUCGUUCCAACACGGCUCCCGUACUGCCCUGCACGCCACCUCACCCCGGCAUCCCCCCGACCAGCGCUCGCCAGGACGUCUUUUCAGCGGAAUAUUCCCCAGCCGAACUCGGAAACUGAGCGCUUCGGGCGUCCUCGACAAGUCGGGACACGUCGGCAAGAGCACCGAGGUGUAAGCCAAUCAGCGAGCACCGAGGUGACCGAGGAAGCCAAUCACAGCGCCGCGCGCCGACCCUUCAUUUCGAAUUUGGAACUCUCUCCAUUGAUUGGUUCAUUUUAAAUUUCGAAUGCAUUCCAAAUCGUUUACGUUUCAGAACGUAACGUAGUUUGGAUGAUAGUUUUUUUCUUAGUGCCAUCUUCUUUUUUAAUUUGGAUGAUAGAAGUCGCUGGGUCACUUUAAACCAGGGUAAAAGGUUAAGGGACUUUAAGGGGUAGGGGUUUUCGAAGUGCCAAUGUAAUGGACGGCCACUCGAAUUUAUUUUUGAAAUAAGAAUACGAUAUUUAAACCUAAUUUGACAAUAUAAGUAAAUGCAACGAUUGUCAGACUAGCAUGACAGAUUAACAUUUUCUUGCAGUGACAAUUACAGGAGAAAAAACAUGAUUUUACAUAUAGAAUUCACGGAUUUGGAAUAUUUACCUACAUUUUGCAAGUGUGUUGGAACUAUCGAAAGUAUAUGGGUCCAUGUUUUGCAUGUAGUGUGUUGUUUUUAGAUGUUGGUAACAUUGGUGUAUGUUUUAUAUCAUACUGGUUUGUUACAAAAAAAAAAUUUUUUUAACUUACCAGGAUGAUAUAUGUUGAAAUGUAGACGUUUUUGAAUAUUUGAUAUAAAUGAGAGAACUAACAAUAUAGGUACUCUAUACAGCAUUGACUUUUCAGUCAAAUUUGACGUAAACGAAUAUUCGCAUAUUGACAUUAUCAUAUUUUUCAAUACAUGUUACCAUUCCGAAAGUAUUAAGAUUACUUUAAAGAUUUUUAACGUAGCGAUCUUAAUAUGGAAUCUUUUUCUUUAGAAUAAUUGUACAUACGUUUGGAAUAGACAAUGCAAUAGCAAUGUGUAGUUUCACAUAAGGUCAACCGGGGUAAAUGCGUCACUUGAGGUAAAUGCGUCUUUUAUAGAUUUCUACUAAACGGAACAUUUUAGAUCUAUUGCAACCCUCCCUGUUCGCACUGUGUUCACUGAACUUUUAAUACAGACAGAUAUAGUGCAUAAAAAAUAUCCUUCGUAUUUUCAUGGAAACUUACGAACGUGUCUUGCUAUUUCAGUCAGUCUCGGUACAAAAAGUACUGACAUUGACUGAACUAGCAUGGCGAAUACGAAGGUUUCCGAGAAAAUACGAAGGAGAACAAUUAUACACUACUUUAGUAGCUAUAAUAGUUAUAAUAUGUUGCAUUUCAAAGAUAUUUUCAAAAGACGCAUUUACCUCGAGAGACGCAUUUAUCCCGUUGGACCGUACAAUUUAUUUGUGCACGAAAAGCAAUAACAUUAGAAACAUCACAAUUUAAACAGAAUUAUAUUUAUAGUUACAAAAUACGAAUUUAUUAACUAUUGUUGAUGAAUUUUAGCGUUUAUAGGUAAUUUGAGAAAAUUUCUAAAAAAUAUAAUAAAAGUCCCGAUUGUCCGUUUGAAAAACUCGAUCCCGACUAGUCUUUAAAGCAUUUCGAUCGAGUGUCCAUAAUGAAGCUAUUUAAAAAUUAUUAUAUACCCAUUUAGGUAAAUAAGAGUUUAAAUAUAAAGAAUUCUUCCAAACGUAGAUAUUUCGAUUGUUUUUGUGACUGUACAACCUAAAGGCUGCUUUUCUAUUUCAUACUUGCAAGACCUGUUGUUACCUGUUCCUUGGAUUUUACCAUUAAAUAUAACCUAUUAUAUUUAAGUAACCAAUUUAAAUAAAUAAUUGACGAACGGCCGGUCUUCAGUAUAAAGAGAUGGAGAAAAUGUGGUCACUCUUAAAUAUCUUUCUUAGUUUUGAAGAGAAU